UUUGGAAUUUUGGAUUGUCCACCGUUUCAACGAAGACGGGGCCCUACAAAUGCUGAUACUCUAUCUAUAGCACUGCAGCAUAGAAUGUCACAUGAAGUGUAAUGCAGUAGCCGUGUUGAGAUUGAUUGAGCAUGGACCAAGACCAACCUUUAACCUGCUUGGGGUGUGCCGUGUGCGUCAGAAACUGAGUUGUACACGUGAAUACCAUAACUCGGUCUCUUGUUGGCAUUCUCGAGUAAGCCAGUUGCAACCUUGAAAAAGAGGCAACUAGGGGGGCAUCCCGGCGUGGGCAUGGGCGCAUGCCGCAUGGACUUCCUCGCUGUGUCUGUCUUAGAAUCUCCCUCGCCAUGUCUGUCCCUCUCUUUAUUUUACAAUAAACCCCACAGUAGCACCAAUUAGACUAUUUCAUCCAUACAAGGCAGUGAGGCACCAUCGAGUCAUCGACUGAAUGAACAGUGAAAACUGAUCUAUUUUCGGGCGAAAUAAACUGCGGCUGUUUCCAUCUUUAGAAACCCAGAGCCUUUCUCAAAAAAAAAACAAAGAAAGAAACCCAGAGCCUGUCCCCCAUCUUUAUCUAGAACUAGAAUCCUAGAUCAGGUUUACAUAAAUAUAUUUCAUUAUAUAAUAUCCGAGAUGAGAUGGGAAAGUACUUGAUGAGUUCGGGUUACACUGAUAUCAGUUACCGAUAAAUUGUUGUAUUUGUAUAUAAUCAUACCACUAAUAAAAGGAGCUUUGUCAUCUUAUCGACGGUGGUGGUCCCGGGGCUUAAAGGGAGAGUGAUGGGUCACAGGUAGGCAGGAAGACAUAAGAGGCGGUGAUACAGAUUUCUUGUGUAUUUUAUUUUUUUUAGUGUAUGUUUUGGAGAAAGAGACACGGGAUUGGUGCUUGCUGGGCAGACUUGGGAUUCCCGUUUCCUAGCCUACUUCCUCCUAUUCCUUUUCUUUCUUCUUCUUCUUUAUCAACUGUUUCACCUUCCCUGCUGGGCGACGCUGGAUCUGAGUUUAGUGGGUUUCAGAAUCUUGAGCUUGAAAAGCAUUUUGGAGGAAAAUGUCUUCUUCAAGACCAAGCUCAUCCAGCAGUUCUGGGAGAUCAAGACACGGUGCUAGAAUUAUUGCUCAGACCACUGUUGAUGCAAAGCUCCAUGCAGAUUUUGAGGUGUCGGGUGACUCUUUUGACUACUCAAGCUCAGUGCGGGUUACAAGUACAGUUGGUGGAGAUCACCAACCCAGGUCUGACAAAGUAACCACAGCUUAUCUACAUCACAUACAGAAGGGCAAGCUUAUCCAGCCAUUUGGGUGCUUGCUAGCUUUAGACGAGAAAACAUUCAAGGUCAUUGCAUACAGUGAGAAUGCCCCUGAAAUGCUAACAAUGGUUAGUCAUGCAGUGCCAAGUGUGGGCGAACUCCCAGUUCUUGGGAUAGGGACUGACAUAAUGACUAUCUUCACUUCCCCUAGUGCCUCUGCAUUGCAAAAGGCACUGGGAUUCGGUGAUGUUUCUCUUUUGAAUCCCAUCUUAGUCCAUUGCAAGACUUCUGGAAAGCCCUUUUACGCAAUUGUCCAUCGGGUAACUGGUAGCUUAAUCAUUGAUUUUGAACCGGUGAACCCAUACGAAGUCCCCAUGACUGCUGCUGGGGCCCUGCAAUCAUACAAGCUUGCAGCCAAAGCAAUUGCUAGGCUGCAGUCUUUGCCUAAUGGGAGCAUGGCAAGGCUUUGUGAUACAAUGGUUCAAGAGGUUUUUGAACUUACUGGUUAUGAUAGGGUGAUGAUUUAUAAAUUUCAUGAUGAUGAUCAUGGAGAAGUCUUCUCUGAGUCUACAAAGCCAGGUUUGGAGCCAUAUUUAGGUUUGCAUUAUCCUGCCACAGAUAUCCCUCAGGCAGCACGUUUUCUCUUCAUGAAAAAUAGGGUGCGCAUGAUUGUUGAUUGCCAUGCAAAACAUGUCAAGGUCCUUCAAGAUGAGAAUCUUUCAUUUGAUCUAACUUUGUGUGGUUCAACCCUUAGGUCCCCACACAGUUGUCAUUUACAAUAUAUGGAGAACAUGAAUUCCAUUGCUUCUUUGGUUAUGGCAGUUGUAGUCAAUGAGGGAGAUGAAGAGGGCGACAAUCCUGAUUCUGCUCAACCACAAAAGAGCAAGCGACUUUGGGGCUUAGUAGUAUGCCAUAACACGACCCCAAGGUUUGUACCAUUCCCUCUCAGGUAUGCUUGUGAGUUUCUAGCUCAAGUUUUUGCCAUCCAUGUCAAUAAGGAGCUAGAGUUAGAAAAUCAAAUUGUUGAAAAGAAUAUCUUGCGUACCCAAACACUUUUGUGUGAUAUGCUGAUGCGUGAUGCACCCUUGGGCAUUGUCACGCAGAGUCCCAAUAUAAUGGAUCUUGUGAAGUGUGAUGGGGCUGCCUUAUUAUACCAGAACAAGAUAUGGAGACUGGGAGUAACUCCAAGUGAUUCCCAACUGCACGAUAUAGGCUCGUGGCUCUCUGAGUACCAUAUGGAUUCCACAGGCUUGAGUACUGAUAGCUUGUAUGAUGCAGGCUAUCCAGGGGCUCUAGCUCUUGGUGAUGUUGUAUGUGGAAUGGCAGCAGUGAGAAUAACUUCGAAGGAUAUGCUUUUCUGGUUCAGAUCCCACACAGCGGCAGAAAUUCGAUGGGGAGGUGCAAAGCAUGAACCUGGCGAGAAGGAUGAUGGUAGGAAGAUGCACCCAAGAUCAUCAUUUAAGGCUUUCCUUGAAGUUGUUAAGACAAGGAGUUUGCCUUGGAAGGAUUAUGAGAUGGAUGCAAUACAUUCUUUGCAGCUUAUACUGCGGAAUGCUUUUAAAGAUAUAGAGGCAAAGGAUCUGAAUACAACUAUAAUCCAUUCAAAGCUCAGUGACCUCAAGAUUGAAGGGAUGCAAGAACUGGAAGCAGUAACUAGUGAGAUUGUACGUUUAAUUGAAACGGCCUCUGUGCCUAUUUUGGCAGUUGAUGUUGAUGGGCUGGUCAAUGGGUGGAAUACCAAAAUUGCAGAGUUAACUGGUCUUCCAGUUGAUAAAGCUAUUGGAAAGCAUUUGCUUACUCUUGUAGAAGAGUCUUCCAUUGACAUAGUUAGGAAGAUAUUGUUCUUGGCAUUACAAGGCCAGGAGGAGAAAGAUAUCCAAUUUGAAAUCAGAACACAUGGAUCAAGGGCUGAUGCUGGUCCCAUCAGCUUAAUUGUCAAUGCUUGUGCAAACAGGGACCUUCACGAAAGUGUUGUUGGGGUUUGUUUUGUGGCCCAGGACAUCACUGGCCAAAAGACAGUCAUGGAUAAGUUCACCAGGAUCGAAGGUGAUUACAAAGCAAUUGUACAAAACCCAAACCCCUUGAUUCCUCCCAUGUUUGGUACGGACGAAUUUGGCUGGUGCUCUGAGUGGAAUCCAGCUAUGACAAUGUUGACUGGAUGGAAGCGCGAAGAAGUCAUGGAUAAAAUGCUUCUUGGGGAGGUUUUUGGGGUCCACAUGGCUUGCUGUCGUCUGAAAAAUCAAGAGGCUUUUGUAAAUCUUGGUGUUGUACUUAAUAAUGCCAUGACUGGUCAAGAACCUGAGAAGGUUUCCUUUGGUUUCUUUGCUCGGAGUGGAAAGUAUGUAGAAUGUUUGUUGUGUGCGAGUAAGAAACUGGACAGAGAGGGUUCAGUUACUGGGGUUUUCUGCUUCUUGCAGCUGGCAAGCCAAGAGCUGCAACAGGCGCUGCAUGUCCAGCGAUUAUCGGAGCAAACUGCACUGAAAAGAUUGAAAGCUUUGGCCUAUAUAAAGAGGCAGAUCCGGAAUCCUCUCUCUGGGAUUAUAUUUUCUCGAAAAAUGUUGGAGGCCACUGAGUUGGGGGCUGAACAAACACAGCUUCUGCAUACCAGUACCCAGUGCCAGCACCAGCUCAGCAAGAUUCUUGAUGACUCAGAUCUUGAUAGCAUUAUUGAUGGGUAUUUGAAUCUUGAAAUGGUGAAGUUUUCUCUGCAUGAAGUACUGAUUGCUUCGAUCAGUCAAGUGAUGAUGAAGAUCAAUGGAAAGGGUAUACGAAUCAUCAAUGAUGCAGCAGACAACAUUAUGAAUGAAUUCUUAUAUGGUGAUAGUAUUAGGCUUCAACAGGUUUUAGCUGAAUUCUUGUCGAUAUCAGUUAAUUUUACACCAGCCGGAGGCCAGCUUAUGGUUGCAGCCAGCUUGACCAAAGAUGGGGUAGGGGAAUCUAUUCAUCUUGUACAUUUGGAGCUCAGGAUAACACACACAGGUAGUGGGAUUCCUGAAGUGUUGCUGAACCAAAUGUUUGGAAGUGAUGGAGAUGCAUCUGAGGACGGCAUCAGCCUGCUUAUCAGCAGAAAACUAGUGAAGCUAAUGAGUGGAGAUGUUCAGUAUUUAAGGGAAGCAGGCAAGUCGACUUUCAUCAUAUCUGUAGAGCUUGCGGCAGCUCGUAACUCCUGAGUGCCAGUUUGUUUUGAAGGGAGUAUUGCUUGCCUUUGGGUGAAAGAUCAACGGGUCUGCUAUUGAGUUGCCCUUAAUCUGCUGCAUAUUCGGUAGUAGACAAUGCCUGGUUUGGUUUGUGGCCAACUAGCCUGCUAAUCUGAAUAUCCUGCAGAGGAUGCCUUGGUUUGGUUGUGAUGUCUUAAUCCUAGGAUAAUGAUUGUAUUAUUAUAAUCAACAGUUUUUACAGUGAAUAUUGCAUAUUAACUUUGCUUCUGCUGCAA